CCAACACCCAGUGCUGUCUGUACAAGAAGCCCUUCCCUGUAAACCACACUGCAUUCGUGUUGACUGCCCAGAGUCCACGAACACCACCCAGCAACUACACUGCCAAGGAGUGGAGACCAGUUUGAACACGUCCCCAGCCCUCUGUGCUCAGACAUGUCACUGUACAGCUUCGGCUUGGAUCCAGUAUCCUGUCACGCCUGGAACAAAGAUCGGACUCAAAUUGCUAUCAGCCCCAACAAUAAUGAGGUCCAUAUUUACCAGAAGAGUGGGAAAGAAUGGACCAAGACUCAUGAACUGACGCAACACAGUGGGCGCAUUACAGGUAUUGACUGGGCCCCGAUCUCGAACCGCAUUGUGACAUGUGCAUCAGACAGAAACGCCUAUGUGUGGACCCUGAAGGACAGGGUGUGGAAACCCACCCUGGUCCUGCUGAGGAUUAACCGUGCUGCCACCUGCGUCAAAUGGUCACCCCUGGAGAACAAGUUUGCUCUGGGCAGUGGGGCUAGGAUCAUCUCCGUGUGCUAUUUUGAGAAGGAGAAUGACUGGUGGCUGAGCAAGCACAUUAAAAAGCCAAUCCGCUCGACUGUGCUGAGUCUGGACUGGCACCCGAAUAACAUUCUCCUGGCUGCCGGGAGUUCGGAUUUCCAGUGCAGAGUGUUCUCAGGCUACAUCAAGGAUAUCGAGGAGAAGCCUGGGCCCACAGCCUGGGGCUCCAAGAUGCCAUUCGGGGAGAUGCUGCUGGAGCAGGGGGAUGAUGGAGGUUGGGUCCACAGCGUCUGUUUCUCCCCAUCUGGAAAUAGCCUGGCCUGGGUUAGUCAUGGCAGCACUAUCUGUGUCACUGAUGCUGCCAAUAAAAAAACUGUGACCCAGCUGAAGACUGAGUAUCUCCCUCUUCUUGCUGUGCUGUAUCUCAACGAGACCGAAAUUGUGGCUGCGGGCCACGACUGCUGUCCCUAUCAGUUCUCGUACACGGGCCCAGACUCCCUCAAGUACAUCGGUAAAAUCGACCUUCGCAAGCAGAACUCCAAAGUGAGCAUGUCAGCCAUGCAGCACUUCCGCAAUCUGGACAAGAAGGCAACAACAGAGAAUGAGAACACAGACCUGGAGACUCUGCAUCAGAACAGCAUCAGUCAGCUGUGCAUUGUUGAAGGGGAUCGAUCGAAGGUGACCAAGUUCAGCAGUGUUGGGCUAGAUGGAGACAUGGUCAUCUGGGAUUUCAAGCAUUAAAAGCAAAAACAACAAGAAGACUUGAACCUUCAGAAAGGAUUGGUUUACUCUUUGGUGUUGAAUUCUUCCUGAAUGUGUUACAGACAUGUCAAACAUUACAAAUGCCUUUUUUUUUAAUUAAAGUUUUUUUUUUUAACUGUGA